AUGGAUCUUGAUGUAUACAAAGCCACAAAAGAAGGCAAUAUUGAUGUCCUUCAGCGACACAAAGAGCAUAUUCACCAAAUACUGACUUCAACCAAGAACACAGUCCUCCAUAUUUAUAUCGCAUGCGGCGGCAACCUAUCGUUGAUUGAGUCUGAACAAGUAGCACACAAGCCAAGCAACAUUGUGGAGAAGAUAUUGGAAAUGUGCCCAGCACUACUAUGGCAGUCCAAUGUAAGUGGUGAGAUUGCUUUGCACAUUGCUGCGAGACACGGUUGCUCUGAUAUAGUUGCAGUUCUUGUCAAGGCUACAAAAGCUUGUCAUGGAGACCUUGGCCAAGUGGUCAAAGAAGCCUGGCGGUGUUUAAUCAAGACAACCAAGAAGGGCAAGGACACAGCCUUGCACGAGGCAACACGCUUUAAUCACCUAAAUGUGGUGGAGAUAUUGACCAAAGAAGAUACUGAAUUUUCCUACUAUGCUAAUGAUAGUGGCAACACACCACUUUACUUGGCUGCUGAGAGGGGAUACCGUGAUUUGGAGACUUGCAAAUAUCCAACUUAUGGAGGCCGUAAUGGUAGAACAGCUUUGCACGCUACAGUGGUCUGCAAUGAUGAAUUUAUGUACAUAAUUAGCACCCAUUAG